CGGACGGGAGAUUAGUAUAUUUUGGAGCUUCAUAAGCUAUAGCUUCAUUUUCAAGUGUUUUAGUCACAUCCCAAAAAUUCAGACUCGAUCGGGAAUUUAGGACGGGAUCACAGUAGAGAUUUUUUCCAUGGAUCAUGGGGUUACACGACAGUGACAACAUUAGGGAUCUUCCAGCACAACUUACGGAAAAAAUGAGCUUUGGUGAUUGGAAUAAUUUUCUCAUUUGGUGUGAAUCUGCAUUGGGUGACCGCCUAGUGAUAAAGUACGCGUACACUUUGCUGGCACUCUUGGCUGCAUAUAUCUUCUGGUGGUACUUCCGACGCCCAAUUAACUGGACAAGGAAUUUAACAGACAUUGGAUAUAAACAUUUAUUGGAAAAUAAAACAUCGGGGCAUGCAAAACGCGACAUCAUUAAUAGUCAUAGAAGGAUGCGAAAGAUGGGCAUAAAAUUACCUCCACCAUUCCCCAACGGAUGGUUUUGCGUAGCAGAAUCAACAGACGUACCACCAGGAAAAUCCAUCAGUGUGAGUUGCUUGGGGAACACCUUUGCUGUAUUUAGAAGCAAAAAAACGGAGCAAGUAUUCAUUCUUGAUGCAUACUGCCCCCAUCUUGGCGCGAAUCUCGGUGUGGGUGGUAUGAUUAUUGACGACUGCAUUGAAUGCCCUUUUCAUCAUUGGAAAUUUCGCGGGACUGAUGGUCAAUGUGUCGACAUUCCCUACAGUUGCAAAACUACAAUUCCAAAAACAGCCAAAGUAAAAAGUUGGACAAGUUUCGAGAUGAAUGGUUUUAUUUACAUUUGGCACCACAGUGAUAAUCUCACACCGUGGGAACUACCACGAGUACAGGAAAUUGAUUCUAAAAAAUGGAUCUACUACGGAAGGAAUGAAUUCUACAUUAAUUGCCAUAUUCAGGAUAUACCAGAAAAUGGAGCCGAUGUUUCCCAUUUGAAAGCAAUUCACGAAGCAGGAAUGUUUGCUGGGAGUGAUUUGAGAUCAGUUAGACUUUCUAAAUGGUCAUCAUUGGGAUUGCAUGCAUGGGAUGCAAAAUGGCAACCAGUCACGGAGGAAGGUUUAGGCCACAUGGCUGUAAUGAGCCUUAAACAUUCAUUUAAACUUUUUAACAAAUUGGACAUCGUAAAUGUGGAUAUUACGGCAAAACAGAUUGGGCCUGGCUAUGUUCAGCUAUAUUUAGUAUCCUCAUUGGGUGUUAUGAUGGCUCUACAGUGCGUAACACCAGUUUCUCCGUUUGUUCAGAAAGUCAUUCAUCGCUUUUACGGACCAGAUAAUCUCCUUUUUGCAAAAUUUGUAGUCUGGGGAGAAACUAUCAUGUUUGAACGGGAUAUUAUGGUUUGGAAUAAUAAGCAGUAUAUCGAUAAUCCUUGUUUGGUAAAGGAAGACAAACAGAUUAAAUCAUUCCGUAACUGGUACAGACAAUUUUAUUCAGACACAAGCUUGGAGUACAAUAAUUUCCAAACGGGCCUUGAUUGGUAAAUUGUAAAAUCCAAUUUUCCUAGCAUCACACAAUUUAUUUUCUAUACUAAAAAUCAAAAAAAAAAUUUUAUAGGCAUUAUAAAAAGAAUUUAAGAUGUAAACUUGAGAAAAAGAAAUUAAUAAAUAAUCAAACUUUUAA